AUGACCACUAUCGCGCCGAGUCAAGUCACCACCUUGUGCCGAGAAUUUCACUGUGCAAGGAACACCCCUAUAGGAAAUACCGACCCCCCGACCACCACAUCCGCCCCUGCAAAAUUCACCCUUAUGCCAAGCAGCCAACCUAUACCGGUGAAGACAAUCAGAAUAUGGGAAGUCCUGCUCCCCGACGGCCGGGGCGACGGCAUCGCAGGACUGAGCGUGAUCUGGACCGACGACGACGAGCAACGUGCCGGACGGUGCGAGGGCCCGGCCUCGAAGCAGUUUCACUUCGGCACGCGGGAGAGAAUCCAAAUCAUGUAUAUCUAUGCGGAAGACCGCGUCGAUGGACUCUGGUUCGUGACGGAUGCGCAGAAGUCAUUCUUUCCCGGAAAGUCGAGCACUCGGUACGAGAUGGGUAAUUUGGGGGAUGGCACGCUGGUUGGAUUUGAAGGCACGCUUGCUGCGGAUGAGAGCGGGUUUUUGUCAUUGGGGGCGACCUUUCGACGGCCUGUAUGGAGUUAG